AUGAGAGGUACCGUUCACGAGGAUUCGUUUGAUUUCGUGCUUGACAUCAAGUUCACCUACAGAAUUUAUAAUAACCUUUCAAUUCACCGAGUUGUACAUAAUGGUGUUAACAUCUUAGGAAGGAUUAUCAAAACCCCUGGUAAAUGUCAUCGUUUGUUUUCAAAUCAAAUCGCUACUGAAUGUAAAGAAAAUUUAAGCAGUACAGAAGAAGAAAAGCCUAAACGUGUUUGGCCAAGACAAUUACCUCCUGAGAUUGAAAGUAUCUCAGUACCUCCAUCGACAUCUGUAGCGACUACUUCAAAAGCUCCAUUAAUUAAAGAUUUUUUCAUGGGUCAAGUUAAUCUUGAAUUGUUCGAAUUCCCUGAGCUAGAAACCAGGAGUAAAGUGGAAAAUCUAAAUAUGAUGCAUAAUCAAAUCAAACAAUUCAUACUAAAAAUGAACAGUUAUGAAAUUGAUCGGAACACUGGUUUAUCAAAAGAAUCUAUACGUAAAUUGAAUGAUUUAGGUCUACUCAGUCUAACAAUUGACAGAGAAUAUCAUGGUUUGGGUUUUAAUACAACUCAAUGGACUAGAGCUUGUGAAGCGAUUGGAUUAGAUGGAUCUGUAUGGGCUACAGUGACUGCACAUCAGAACUUAACUGCUAAGGCAAUAUCAUUACUUGGAACAAAAGAACAGAAAAUACACUAUUUACCAAAAUUAGCCUCAGGCGAAUAUAUAGGCGGAUUUUGUUUAUCUGAAAUCAGUAGUGGUAAUGAUAUCCAGGCGAUGACGAGUUUAGCUGUUACAAAUGAAACUGAUGAUCAUUAUCUCCUUAAUGGGUAUAAAACAUGGGUAACCAAUGGCGCUGUAGCUGAUGUUUUCGUUGUUUUCGCUCGUACACAAUGUGAUCAAGAUAAAUCCAGAAAUGAGAUAACAGCGUUUAUCGUUGAUCGAUUAUCCGAUGGUAUCGAAUGUGGACCGUUGCUAGAUACUUUUGGUGCACGAGGAUCAAAUGCAAUUAACAUCACUUUUAAUAAUGUGAAAAUUCCUAAGAAAAAUCUAUUAGGUAACCAUGGUGAUGGAUUCAAAUUAGCUCAAGAUAUAUUAGUUGUACAUCGUUUGAAUACAAUAGCUGCUGGUGUCGGUGUAUUACGUUACCUGCUGUCUUAUAUAGCUGAGCAUUGUUUACAACGUCAUCAAUUCGGUAGACCUAUCGGUGAUCAUUCUAGAGUAGAAGAGAAAUUAUCUGAUAUUGUAUUAAAUCUUUAUGCAAUGGAAUCAGGAUUAUACUAUUUGACUGGUUUAUUAGAUGCUCAACCGUCACGUGACCUAUCUUUGGAAUUGGCUGCUUUAAAGAUAUUUAGUUCAGAGAAAGUCUACUCAGGUAUUGACGCUUGCAUGCAACUAGCUGGACGUUUUGCUCUGCUUAGAGAUGUUCCAUUUGAACGAUUUCUACGAGAUUCUAGAAAUCAUCUUGUCAGUAUGGAAUCCAAUGAUAUUUUACGUAUUAUGAUUGCAGGCAGUAGUAUUUCAAACAUGGCAGAACAUUAUCAACAAACAGUCUCUAAGCUAAGUGUAUAUACACGUCAUCCACUGACUGGUAUAAAGGCUACAUGGUUAGCAAAAGGACGUCGACGUGGAUGGUUUGCUGAUAAAGCUGGUUCAGGACCAAAAGUAACUGAAGGGAAUGCUUCACGUAGCCUGAAAGAUCAUUUACAUCCAACAUUUGCUAAAAUGGCCACUGAACUUGCUAUAUGUACGCAAAGAUUUCAAACAUUAUGCGAAAUGUCACUGAUCACACACGGUCGAGAGAUUGCUGAUGAACAGAUUUGGUUGUGCCGGUUAGCAGAUGCUUCAAUUGACCUUCUGCUGACAUCAAUUUGUUUUGGUCGUGCUUCUAGAUCAAUAAGUAUUGGUGUACCACGUAAUGACUAUGAGAAAACGUUGGUGCACGCGUUUAGCCGACAAGCACUUGAACGUGUUAAACAAAUUCUAGCCUAUACAGAUGAAAUGGAUCGUUACCAACAUCGUAUUGCUAGUGAAUUAUUGACACAACGUGCCUAUCCUGUAUCUCACCCCUUAACACGUGUAUGGUAACAAUGAUGAUGAUGAUAAUGAUAAUGUGAUUACUGUAUUUCUCCUCAGAAGCAUUGACUGUCAAUCGAUCAAUCAAUCAAUCAAUAAAUUUGUGUAUAAAUAAAAAAGUAUUCAAAUUAUUAUUUAAU